AGCGGCGCGCUGCGCCGAGCCGCCGGCGAGCGGGCGUAGCCCCCUCCCCCGCGCGCCGCCCGCCCCCGACCCUCACUCGACGAAUCUCUCGUCGACGCCGGCAAACUCGAACGACCUCUUUUUGCUAACUAACGUCUCACCCGCGAUCGUUUCCCGCCGCGAAACUGCGUUCGAACUCGAUAUCAAUUAUUGCAGUCGACGGACAUCGAUCUGUUUGAACUUUUAAAAAGUUAUGAAUCUGAGCGGAGUUUAUAUGAUGUAGCGAUGCUGUACUAAUUUUUGCAAAUAGUUAAAAAGCUCGAAAGUGCGAUGCGGGUAAACGCGUGCGGAUGCGGGCGAGCAUGGCCGGGAGCGCUGCCUGCUGCGUAGGCGCGGGUCAGGAUGGAUUGUUGCAACUACGGAGAGUACCGCGGGCAGGCGCAGUACGGCGCGGGCGCAGGCUGGGACUAUCGCCACGGGUACCCGCCGACGCCGUACGUGCCCUAUCCGCACUCGUACUAUCCUCACGCGCACGACUACGCGCGCUACUAUCGCUAUGACUACCCGCAGCACCCGAUGCAUCACGCUGAUCAUGUUAUGCCUACUGAUUACGGUGCAUAUGCGCUGAAAGACGCACGUGCGCGGCGAGCGCUCACACGGAGGGAACAACGCGCUCACCCCACUUUGCAGCAUUUCCCAGUCGCACAUACGCCACCGCUAGAAUGUGGGAUGAACAGUCGCGGGCACGCUUACUGCGAGCCGCAAAUGUGGUCACACUAUCAGAUGGGUGUUCUAGCAGGGAACGGAUGGAACGGCACCAACGGUGGAAUGUGGUCUUCUCGUGUUCCCAACAAUAUGUGUUCACGAGAACCUAUGCGGUAUGGACCGGACUGCCGACUUAUGAAGAACUCUCAAAAUCAUAGCGCGGCACACGAAGGACGUUCAACUCCGUAUCCAGUAUACGAUCAAUCGAACUACGAGAAAAGCUGCAAGAGUGGUAGUGGCAAUGAUUUCCCAAUACAGAACACACCAUCGGCAGAUUUUCCGCAGCCGGUCCGCGAGACCCCCAGCGCUAAGCCCCGCUCGCCGCCCGCAGAGACGCGGCCGCCCGUGGUGCCGCUGCCGGCCUUCCAGCAAGCGUUCGGCUCCACUGAAAUAGGCAAAUUUGCAGAAGCAUUCAGCCGCACUGAAAUUACGCACGAACCUGACGAAUCGUGUGAUAAUUUCGUCUAUGAACCUUUCAAUGAAUGGGACGGGUCGCCCGAAUCGCAAUGGGCUCCACCCGCAACUAGAGAAAUUAAAUGCGAAGACAAUUUUUAACGAAAGUGAUGUUUUCGCCCUAGGUAAUUUUUGGGUGAUAUCACCCUUAGGAAAAUGAACAACUUUCGGUUCGACCACCACGUUGCCAAAGCGAAAAUCAACGUCAUUGAUAUAUUAUAUUCGAUGUCGUCGAACUAGUUAUGUGAUAAAAUAUAGUUAAAUGUGUACGAGAAAAAGAAUAAUAUAAUAGCGAUGUGACAUUAAUUUAAUUUAUAUACUGACUUAGGAUGAGGAUAGAUUAUAUUACAUAAUGAAUAUUAAUAUUGAUCAUUUCAUUUAAUUGGUUUUAGAAGAAUUACAUCGUUAGUAUGGAGGUUGGAUAUGGGAUAUUUCUUAUUAUUUAGAUAUUGCAAAUUAUAAAGCAAAAAUGUAGUAAGAAUGAGAAUCAUAAAUCAAUGUGCCUUGAAUCGGCGAAGUCAGCCGCUGGUCGCGCGGCGUCCCCCGCCCCGUUCCAUCGUUACAGAUAUCAUAAAUUUAUUAUUUACAAUAGUAAUUAUAGGGACCAAAGUUUAGAAAAAUAUACAUGACCUGUCGCGUAAGUCAUCUCUACGCAAUAAGCUCAACGAAUAGCAAAUUUUAAACAAUCAGGAAAUUUUACAAAAUUUAUAGAGAUUAAUAAUAUUGUCGCUAGAUAAUCUAAUGCAUAAUACUUUAUAUAAUAAUAAUAAUCAGAAAUAUUUAAUAUAAUAAAAAAGAACUGUAAAAUAACCAUAAAAGUUGCUCUAAACAUAUAUGAUGUAUUUGCUACAGUUAAAGUGCAUUUUCCUCUUACAAGAUUUAUUGAAAUAAUAAAUCAGGGUCAUUUCAAUAGAAUAUAUGUAUCGAAAUUCUAAAUUAAAGAUUUGCAUUUAUAACUUCACAUUUCAGCGAAGUUCAUUGUUUUGUGGUAGUCGGGGCUUCAAUGACGUCGCGCGGAAUUCAACAUGGAAAAUUUAUUACCAACAAUAAACCAUACCCCUGGAAACUUAGCUAGUCAAAAUUUUAAUCCUUAUAAUAAGGAAUGGCUUUUUAAUUAAAAAAUAAGGGUCCAAAAUUUAAAGAGUAGCUAUCAUGAUACGAUCUUCUUUUAUAUUGGCCGUCUAAUAUAUUUUAACUAUCAUUAACUGUCAUUUUCUAUAGCUUUUCUUCGCAUUUGUGCUUUUUAUAACGGGUAGCGCUUUAUUGUUCACAAUCAAAACAUUCGUAGAAUUAUCAAUAAACUAUAAAUUUUGAUUUUAGAAUAAACACGUUAAUAUUAUACUUAGAUCAUGGCUAAAUUAUUAGUAACAACAAAUUAGAAAUUUGAAAAAUAUUUUGACAGUACAUUUAGAUUUCCCUUAGUCUCUUUGAUAUAACUAAUUUCAUAACACAGUUACAAUUUGUUUUAUUAGUUAAAAUAUAAAGGUAACCGUCUAAUAUUACAUGUUUAAAAAUAAGUACUUAGAUUCAGCAUAUUUAAAUCUAUUUAGUAUUUUAUACAAAAAUCAUAAACAAUGCCUUAAACGUGAUGAAAUGAAACAAACGAUAAUAAAUAGAAAAAAAAUAUCAAUACAUAACGUUUGAUCUAAUAAAAUUAAUCCAUUCAAUCUGCUCUUUUUUUUCAAUUAACAUUUUCAUCUUUGAAAAUACGCUUUGUAUACGAGACUUAAUUAGUUCUUAGCAAAUUGCAAUUAAUCUUCUUUUUGGCUUGUUAUCAUUUACCUAUUAUAAUUAAAUAAAUAUCCAAUAAGCAAGCAAAAACUUCCAAGAGUCUUCGUUUUUGUGGAAUACCGAGUGUUAGAACUUACAACCUCUUUCUAUAAAACAGAAUUGGAGUGCCUUAUGUAACUAAUAUAAUAAAUGAUAAAUGUAGAUCAAAUAAUUAUUCUAGUCUAAGUUUGAUGAGACACCAUGUUAGUGUGAUAAAUUUAUUUCUUUUUAGUAAAUAUUUUCUUAGUCAGUAGAUGUGAUAAUCAUAUUUAAUGUUAUAUUAUUAUUUAUUCUACAACAAUCAUUCGUAUAUUAUAAUCGUUGUGUGCGUUAAAUUUUAAGAAACACUAGCUUACGUAAUACUUAAUAUAAAAGUUUUAUUUUUAAAUAUACACUAUGUUUUAUUUUCUUGAAAUUAGUAGGUACCUUGUUAGAGCAAUUUGUUGUUGUUUAUUAUUUCUGAAUAGGAUACGUGUAGUUUUAAAAUGUUUGUAUGCAAAUAUUACAUUUCAAAUUUUUAUUAUUAAUUAAUUUUAUAAUCCGCCUCCUGGGUCUAGUAGAUAUUGCAUUACUUACUGUUACAAAUAGGAUUUUUGAGAUUAACCUCGGGUCGAAAUAUGAGUUUCAGUCUAGUAUAGCAUGGAUAUUUCGAAAAUCUAGAGCGUACCUACAGACUUGUUUACCCGGGAAACAUUAAAACUAGAUGAAGUUUACGCAACUAUUAUAAUGCUACAACUAUAUAUUUUAACAUCAUUACUAACCUUUAUUUCAUUAAACACUAAGAUAAAUAGUACAAUAAUUAUCAAGCACUUAUCUUGAUGUAUUUUAAUUUAGUAGUUCUUACUGUCAGAUUUUAGAAUUAAAAAUAAAGAUUGUUUUAUUACAGUUUUAAGGUUCAGAUCGAGUCACAUUUUAAAACAUAUUAUGAAAUAACGGUAGUUUGUGCCACAUGAUAAUCUAAUGUAUAUACAAUAUACAUCUCUUUAGAUAGUUCUAUUGUUAUUUAUUUAAAUCUUAGGGAAUUUAUAAUUUAUACUGUAGAAGUAUGUAGGUACAGAAAUUAUGUAAUUAAAUUAUACUAAGUGUUCUAUUUAAUUAUAUAGAGCUUCCCUUAUCCUAUCCUAGAAUCUUGUCUACCAUUAGGUUUAAUUUGGUAUGUUGUCCAUUAUUGAUAUCAUUUCCAAAACUCUAAUCAUGUGAAGAAUUCUUAUGAUUAUAUACAUUUAUAUACAUGGUUUAUUUUCAUGACAUGAUUUUUGUCCAAUUGGCAAUUAAACAGAAUGAAAAUAAAACAAUACAAAUUCUAAUUUAAUCUUUAGUUUAUGUUAAAAAUCAUGUUGAUUUUAAUCUACAUUAUAUUUAUUAAUAUCACUGUAAAUAGAAGUUAUUUGCUUUAAUUGAACACCUUUUAAAUAAAAUUAGAGCCAAUAAAGUUUUGUAAUGUCUCAGUUCGAAGACGAACUAAAUGUUUUGUUUCGAA